CGGCGGGGCUGCAGCGGGCGCGGCGGGGGAACGAGAUGAGCAGCGCCGGCGCCGCUGCAAGAUGCUGGAUGGACACGUCCUGCUGGGAUGGCUCUCCUCCUGCGCGCUUCUAGGGCUGCUCGCCUGCACCCCGCGGCCCUCCGCCGCCUACUUCGGGCUGACAGGCAACGAACCCCUGACCAUCCUCCCUCUGACCUCAGAAAUGGAGGAAGCCGCCGUCAAAGCCCACUACAAAGUCUGUGACCGCCUGAAGCUGGAGAAGAAGCAGCGCAGGAUGUGCCGGCGGGACCCCGGUGUGGCCGAGACCCUGAUGGAGGCCAUCAGCAUGAGCGCACUGGAGUGCCAGUACCAGUUUCGCUUUGAGCGUUGGAAUUGCACCCUGGAGGGCCGCUACCGGGCCAGCUUGCUAAAGAGAGGUUUCAAGGAGACAGCCUUCCUGUACGCCAUUUCCUCUGCAGGGCUGACACACGCCAUGGCCAAGGCGUGCAGCGCAGGCCGGAUGGAGCGCUGCACCUGCGACGAGGCCCCCGACCUGGAGAACCGCGAGGCCUGGCAGUGGGGCGGCUGCGGUGACAACCUGAAAUACAGCAACAAGUUCGUCAAGGAGUUCCUGGGGAGGAAGCCCAACAAGGACCUGCGAGCCAGGGUGGAUUUCCACAAUAACCUUGUGGGCAUGAAGGUCAUCAAAGCUGGCGUGGAGACAACCUGUAAGUGCCACGGUGUGUCUGGGUCCUGCACCGUCCGAACGUGCUGGAGGCAGCUCUCUCCAUUCCAUGAAAUAGGGAAGCAGCUGAAGCAGAAGUACGAGACAUCGCUCAAAGUGGGCAGCACUACCAACGAGGCCACGGGGGAAGGAGACAUUUCCCCACCCAAGAAAUCCAUCCCUGGUCACAGUGAUCAAAUCCCAAGGACUACGGAUCUUGUCUACAUUGACGAUUCCCCAAGCUUUUGUAUGAUGAGCAGAUACUCGCCCGGGACUUCAGGAAGGAAAUGUUACAAAGACAAGAACUGUGACAGCAUCUGCUGUGGGCGAGGGCACAACACGCAGAGCCGGGUGGUCACUCGGCCGUGCCAGUGCCAGGUCCGCUGGUGCUGCUAUGUGGAAUGCAAGCAAUGCACCCAGAGAGAGGAGGUUUACACCUGUAAAGACUGACACAUCUUCUGCCUGAUGGCAACCCUCAGCGGCGGGCGAUCACGAUCUAUGAGAACUGCAUAUGGAGACAAACAGGGUUUGAUUGACCUUCCGGGAUCUGAAAGCUAUGUUGAGACAUAAGCACUUUGUAGGGUACAGGUGACCCAGCUGUGUUGCUGUUUUGUUUUUGUUUCGUUUUGUUUUUCCUGUAGACUGAAUUUUAAUGAGGUCCAACCAUGUGGAAAUAAGUGCCUGUCACACUGGGGCUAGACACCAGUUGACCUUUACCUUCAUCGUCCAUGCAAUUUGACGGAUCAUUUCUCCUUGGAACAUCAUGAUCGUUUCAUGAAUCCUCCAUGAACUUUUGGGCUGAUAGAUUCUCUCUGGAAUAAUUAACCUAUAUUACUUUAUUCCUGAAGCUUACCCAGUGGCUUAGAGAGCUGAACAGAUUAAAAAAAAAAAAAAGAAAAGAUCUUUCUGCUUUGAGUGCAGUCAUAUGCGAAGUAACCAUUUUCCCCUCUUCUAAAACUGAGGAGUAGUGUGGGGUAAGCAAAAACAGCCCUGGUUGUUCCUCUAGUGACGCUUCUGCACAUCCAGCAAACAAGGCUCUGACAAAGAGACCCACUUGGACGGUAAGCUUUUUAAUGACAGCUCCGUAUCCACGUGCUUUGAUCACUAAAUACAGCUCCAAAAAUGUCGGGUCCACCAUGUUGCAGAUGGCAAUAUAUCCAAGAAAGAGGUUGGGAAGACAUUAUAAAACCAGAUGUGCCUGUCCCCUUCAGUCGUGUUAUUUUUUUUUCAUACAGUUUCUUCAAAUGCAGUUCCUUCAGCAUUAUCACUGUCUUAAUUGCUAUUUAAAAAACAAACAAACCACUAGAUAAUUUUGUUUUCCCUUUGUGCAUGACAUUUUCCUCUCCUCUUCCCACCUCUUAAUGAUUGAAUUCACCCUGUGGAAAUUGCUUCAGAAAUCUAAACUGGAACUUUUUAGUCUUAUGUCAGCUGAAUUUAGACGUGUUUUUGAGGAGGACAAGAGAAAUUCCAGUGCAUCUUGGAACGCAGCAAUGUCUUGCAUUGUAUAGCAGCUGUUUUGGACUGGAUCGGACCUUUGGAGGAUUUGACUUUUCUUUUACUAGGUCAUCAUUCCAUUUACUCUAAACUAUGGCAGUGGUACAUGACACAAGCUGUAUGUAGUAAACCCUAUGACCUUAAGAUUUUUUUUAACCACUAGAUUGAGAACUGUAUUUUAAAAAUACAGUUGCUAAAUAGUAACCAACUGUUGGAUUCAGAACAUCUUAUCGACGCAAAGACAACCUAUCAAGUGGCCAGAGAAGCCAGAAGUCAACUGCAGAGGUAGAUAGCUCUGAUGCUGUGAAAUAGAUGACAAUCUUCAGCAUUUCUUCUUCCCUUUGAAGAGGAUAUUUUCAAUCCAGGACUUGAUGCGAUAAUAUCCAUUAGUCAUAUAAAAGUGCUUCUGGGAUUGGAAGUGGCCGGUGAAUGCCUCAACAAAACUUUCUGAGGAAACACUGGAGAGUGGAGGGCAUUGUAUUUUAUUUUUAUAUCAACUUUUGAUUGUCCAGUAGUAGCAAUUUCCACCCAUUUUGUAUUGACUGUUGAUCUGGUUCUCAAAAGAGGAAAGCUGGCUGGAGUUUUUCAAGUAGUAGUAGAGGUUAGCCAAGCAAAAAGAGAGCAGGUUUUCAAGAUGGACCAUUAUUUUUCAAGACGUUGUGGUUUUUUUUUUUUUAAUUUUAUUUUUCUCUCUCUUUUUUUUUUUCUUUCCCCAAACAGUAGCCACUAAUAUUUAAGCUGUUUAUGUGCAUCUACUGGGAGGAAAAAAGUAGUUUUUUUUUCUUGGUAACUGAUAGCUGCAGCCCAACCUGACUUAUUGGCAUCAAAUCUAGAGGUAGGGGACUCAGGAGGGACAGGAGGUUACUUUUAAUAGUGCUAUGAUCCUGCAAAGUAAAGCAUACUGGCUCUUUUUUUGAUAUUUGUAUAUUUGCUGUACAAAUCUGGAGACUGAGGUAGCGCUGUAGAAGGAGUAAUCCACACAAGGAGUAGUGCACACACAGUAUUUGUCCCUUCCACCACAACAGCUGCACGGUGGAGCACACGACACAGAGGUUUUGCAGGAAGGUCUCACGGCUUCUGGGAGAUGCACCUCUUUGAAAGUCACUCACGAGCAGUUUAUCUAAUGGUUUAAAAAAUAAACUGACUAGGAACCUGUUAUUCGGUGUCUGCAUGCGAGUAUAUGUAUACACGCAUGCAGACACGUAAAUAUAUAUAUAAAUAUUGAACGAACAUUUAUUUAUUUUAACGCCCUUCAGAAGGACCUUCUUAUGGUUUCAAUGUGGUAUUAUGUUAAAUUCUUUCUCCCUCUUUCUCUCUCUCUCACACACACACAUGCAUAUGUGCAAACUCUUUGUUUCAUUUUUUUGUGUGUGUGUGUGUGUGCUAGAAUAGCUCUUCCCCUCCAAAGUAAGGCUGGAUCCAAACCUGCUCAAAACAUGAGGGUUUUUGGAUCUGAAUUACUAUUUCUGGCCCAGUUCUUUUUUUAGAUAUUUGUUCUUCGUUGAAGAAUGGGCCACAGUUUAUGUGCAUUAUUAUUAUUAUUAUUAAUUAUUAUUAUUAUUGUUAUAUUUAAACCGUGGGCCUCAUUUUCCUUCUUUUCACUGGUGUCUCUGUCUCCGUUGACCUCGCUGGAGUAACUCCACAUUGCACUGGUGUGAGAGGAGAAUUGAGUCCCUAGAUGCAGAAGAGAGGGCAGAGCUGGCAUGGAUAUCAUUGUAGAGCAAAUGCCUGUGUCUGGGGGGUAGGGUGUCUUGGUGUGUUUGGGGAGAGAGUGAUGGGUGGGCAAUGAGCAGGCUGCCAAAGCUAGACUAGAAGAACGAGGCAAAGAGUGAAUGAACUACUGAGUGAAAGAGCUCUUCUGUGUAUUAUAAUUCACGCACUGAAGCCUGGAUGCUUUCUGUAAGUAUUUAAAAAAAAAAAAACUAAAAAAAACUAAAAACAAAGCAAACAACCAACACCACCACCAACAACAAAAAA